AUUUUUUUUGUCAAAAAAAUGAAGUGCCUCCUCAAUUGAGCGUGACAAAGUUCAAUGGCUUUGGCAACUUAUCGCAUCGCACCGUUCUGAUAGCUCAUUGCUACAAUAAAGUAAACGUAGCAGAAAACCACAUGUUUGCGUUUCGGUUGGUUUUAUCGUCGCCGUACACUUGACUUAUCUUCUUGUUCUUUGUAUUCAAGUGCAAACGCAAUGCGUACUCAAGAUUUCAACAUCAUAAAAACCUCAUAAAUUGGAAUUAACUGAAAAUGCACCGAAUAUUUUUUGGUGCCACUUGAUAAGCGGUGCUCAAAGUGUAAAAACAUAAAUCCAUUCAACGCAUUGACAGUUCAGUGGAGCUAAGCAUAAAACGUUUGAAGCAACAGCAACAUGCUAUGGAUAUUAGUAUUAGUUGGAGAUGUCAAUUCGAUUGUGUGUAUCAAAUUUGCACGCUGUGAUUUGUCUCCGCUGUGUCAGUGUGUCAAAUGAUGAAAACCGUUUGAGUUACAUUCACACGAUACCAUCUCGGUUGUGUUGUUGCUGUUGUUGUCCGUUCGGAACGUGUCAUCGAUAGUUAAACACAUUGAACACAACGUGCUAAACACCAUCGUGAUUCGAGUCUCCAUUCAAACUAAACGUCGUUUGAAUCUAUAAAUUUCUCAUUUUUUGCGCCGAAAUAAAUGUCAAAAUUUCAUAUCUAAAAUAAAUUAUCUUAGUUAUUCUUUGAAAAGUGUAAAUUUUAUAGUUCGAAUACAAACACAUUGUGCGCCAGAAAAAAUAGCUAAAGAGCGUCAUGAUUAACGAAUGGUCAUCAAAUGUGCGUGCACAUCGUCGAUACGAACUACUGUCAGUCGGCUUUCUUGUAUUAUUCAUUCUAUUUGGUGGAAUAGUAUUUACGAUUGCGAUUGUUUACCUAUUGAUCUUUGGCAAUACUUAUGCACAAGUCCUGUGUGUUUCGUAUUUGGUGUUCUUUUAUAUUGACUUUGAUACGCCUUCAAAUGGUGGUCGUGGGAUUGGAUGCGAAUGGGUGCGUAAUUGGCGUAUUUGGAAGUAUGUCAUCGAUUACUUUCCUGUUGAUUUGGUAAAAACCGUUGAUUUGCCAUCGAAUCGGCAUUAUCUGAUCGGUUGUUGUCCACAUGGGAUUCUUUGUUUUGGUGCUCUAACAAAUGGCAUGACCAAUCACUCGAAAUGGCGCAAUUUGUUUCCGAACAUUCGAUCCAAAGUGUUGACUCUGAGCAUCAAUAUGUUGUUUCCGAUAUUUCGAGAGCUCAUUUUGAGUUGGGGCUGUUCAGAUUCGUCAGCCGAGAAUAUAAAUACAUUGCUGUCACAAUCGCACGAUCCAUCUGAUGCGAUCAACAAGGAUGGGUUUACAUCAAAUGCAGCAAUUGUGAUGUUUGGCGGUGCGCGUGAAGCAUUUUUGAGUGCACCAAAUUCUUAUAAGAUUUUUAUUAAUACUCGCAAAGGAUUUGUACGCCUGGCAAUCCAAAACGGAGCCGCACUAGUGCCCGCCAUCGCAUUCGGCGAGACAAGUGUGUACGAUACAACGCAGAACGAGAAUGGUUCGGCGGUGCGCAAAAUUCAGGAAAUCAUCAAAAAGUAUACAACAUUGGCGCCCGUUCUGUUCAACGGCCGUGGAUUGUUCCAGCAAAAUUUUGGCUUAAUUCCUCGACGCCAUCCAAUCACCCUUGUUAUCGGCGAGCCGAUUGAUUGCAUCAAAAAUGCCACGCCGUCCAAUGAUGAAAUUGACGAAUUGCAUGCUCUAUUUCGCAAACGACUCAUCGAACUAUUCGAAACAAACAAAUCCAAGUAUAUCGAAAACCACGACAAAGUCCACUUAGAAAUAGCAUAAACAAGUACAAAGUACAAAAGUAUCAAAACAACCAGAAUCGUUUGAUGUAUGUUCCAUAAAAACGGAAUUAAUUUUUGUUUCUUUAUUAAUAUUUUCCACAAUGUUGUUCAUCCGGUAAACGAAUCGUUUUUGAUCUGAACACAAAUAGUAAUAAUUUGCACAAAGAAUUCAUUUAAAAAUGAAUAUAUGUAUCAUUGGAUGGUAUUUAUCUAUUACGAGACCGUCCCAAGCGCUGGAUGAAGCAGCCCUUGAACGAAUUCAAUCGUACAUCAAUCUCACCCUCUUCGAGCUGCAAAUAUUCAGAGUUAGAAACAUGUAGAAAAAACGUAUAUUUAAGUUUUGUUAUUGUAAUGUUAUUUAGUUUUUUAAUCACCUCAUCGAAUUCAUAGAUCUCCUGAUAGCACGAUGGUGAAAUACAUUCUCGCACACAACGAAGUCGUGCCAUUCUUGCUAAUGGUUCACACCGUUUGCUCUGGUCACAGGCCGACUCAAACUCACGAUAUGAGAGUUCCUACAAAACAAAAUUUAUUGCGUAUUUAUUUAAAACUUUUGUAUUUAGGUGAACAAGAAAUCUGAAUAAAUCAAUAAACAAUCAGAACGACUGAUA